CAAUCGUGGCGCGCAGCUCGGCCUGCGCAAGCGCGCUGACAGCAGGGCGCUGGGUGGACUCGGUGAGGUGAUCAUUUUGGCACCUGUUGCCAAGGCUCCUCCUCCCUGUCUCCUGCGGGGGGCCGGAGGCGGGCCCGGGGCGGGCCAUCGACAGUCCCCGCCCCCUCAACCUUCCUCGGGUGCGGGCCGCAGCUUGUAGGUUCAUUGCGUGGUGGGAAGGGCCACGGGAAGGGCACUCCAAGCAAGAGGGGGACGCGAGGCGCUGUGGCAGGAAAAAGUGACUAGCUGCCCUUCGUUGUCAACCAGGGUCGAGAACACAGCCACGCUCCCACCCGGCUGCCCACAGUCCCUCGGCGGCGAUGUCGGCCGCCGGUGCCCGAGGCCUACGGGCCACCUACCACCGGCUCCUCGAUAAAGUGGAGCUGAUGCUUCCGGAGAAACUGAGGCCGUUGUAUAACCAUCCAGCAGGUCCCAGAACAGUUUUUUUCUGGGCUCCAAUUAUGAAAUGGGGGUUGGUGUGUGCUGGAUUAGCUGAUAUGGCCAGACCUGCAGAAAAGCUUAGCACAGCUCAAUCCACUGUUUUGAUGGCUACAGGGUUUAUUUGGUCAAGAUACUCACUCGUAAUUAUUCCAAAAAAUUGGAGUCUGUUUGCUGUUAAUUUCUUUGUGGGGGCAGCAGGAGCCUCUCAGCUUUUUCGCAUUUGGAGAUAUAAGCAAGAACUAAAAGCUAAAGAACACAAAUAAAAGAGUUCCUGAUCACCUGAACAAUCUAGAUGUGGAAAUAACCAUUGGGACCUAGUUUAUUAUUUGGUUAUUGAUAAGGCUAAGCUAACUGUGAGUUUGGAAGGCACAAUUAAAUAACUGUAACUAGCAGCUAGUGCUUGAUUCAGCAACAAAAUAAAGCAAACUUUUAGUAGCAGUCUCUCUUUACAUGACUUAAGGAACUUAUCAGUGGAUAUCAGUAACAUUUUUUCACCAUUUGUCCACAAUAAACGGUACUUGCCCAUGUAUACCCCAGCCUCCUUCUCUUCCAGUCAGCCAACAUAUGUACAUAAAAGAGCACACAAAUUCCAGAAGUUGAAAGAUUAAAUUAUUUGCAUAUUUAGUGUAGGAUGGUCAGGUAGCUGUAAGUGAAAGGAAAUUUUGCCGAAGAGACUGAGAAAUGGGUAGUGAAUGACUAUCAAGAUGACCUCAAACUAUUUUAAAACAUUUUAACUUGCCCUGAAAAAUCUUGAUGAUUUUUUUAUAAAUGUUCUAUAAAAUUC